AUGGAGACUUUAGGGAAUAUUUUGGGUGUUCCACCAUCUAGUUUAAAUAGUAGUAUUGAUAAUGCUUUGCAAGAUUCAGAUCCAUUUGAAGACUUUAUAAAGGAAACUCAGAGGACUAAAGAACUUACACCAGAUGGCAAUCUUUUAGAUGAAUUGGAAAAGCUGCAAUCAAAACAUGAUAAACUCGAGGUAACUUUGAAGAAUGUUAUACCUCCUUUACAUGAUUAUAUGGUUGAUUUUAAUACUAGAUUAUCAGAGUAUACUAGAGAUUUAGGUUAUAUUAGAAAUAAAUCAUCUGAAUUGAAAGAACUUUUAGAAUAUAACUCAACUAAAUUGGCAAACGUAAGUCCAUUGGUUAAUGAUUUAAUAGUUCCACCUUCUAUAGUGAACGAAAUAAUUUCUGGUAAGAUUAAUAGUGACUGGCAAGAGAACAUUGCAUUCAUGAGAGAUAAAAUGAUGAUUUAUGAAAAAUAUAAGGUAGAAAACAAUGAAUCUCAAUUAAACGUUCCAAAAGAUUUCGAUGCACUUUAUAAAAUAUUGGAAGAUCUAAGGACAAUUAUACUCGAACGUUCUAAAAAAUAUAUAAUUCAUGCAAUUAAAGCAUUAAGAAAUUAUCAUCCUGUCCCAUCUCAAAAGAUACAAAAAGGAUUGUUAGAAGUGAAGGACAUUUUCCAAUACAUUGUUGAAAACAAUUAUUCUCUGGCUUUGGAAUUAAGACAGGCUUAUUCAUAUACAAUGAGAUGGUACUACAAAAAUUAUUUCAGUCGUUAUAUCAGAUCUUUGACAAUUUUGCAAUUCAGAAAUAUUGACGCCCAAUAUUUUUUAGGUAACGGUUUGUCUAAUACAUCGGUUAACUACUUAAAUGGUUACUCAAUAACUAAUUAUUUGACCGCAAGCUAUUCAAAAGGUGCAGGUUAUACAACUGAUGAAUCUAUACAAGAAUAUUUUCAAGUAGAUAAAAGACUAUCCGUCUUAACACAAGAAGAUAAUACUGUAAUGGUUUCACAAAUUGCAGAAAAUAAUACAAUGGAAACAUAUGUUGAAAUUGGGUUCCGAAAUUUAAACCUUGCAUUAUUAGACAACUGUGUCGUUGAAUCAAAAUUUUUAAGUGAUUUUUUCAGAGUGAGUGAUAAUACAGAAGAGGUGGCAGGUAUUUUAGAGCAGAUAUUCCAACCAACUCUUGAUGAAGUGUUAGAAUACACAAAACAAUUGAUUUUCUACACAUAUGAUAUAUUUGGCAUCCUUCUGAGUAUCAGAAUAGCGCAACAGUUGCAAUUAGAAGCAGAAAACAAUGGGAUUAAUAUCAUAUCCGACUUCAUGACCUCCCAAUUAAUGUUGCUGUGGCCAAAGUUCCAGCAAUUAGUCGAUUUCCAAUGUGAUAAUUUAAAGAAAGUAGUCAUAACUACAAACGUCGCUAAGUUGACAAAUGUUUCAUCAAAUAACGAUCCACUAACAACACCACAUGAACUUACUGUACAAUUUUCAAAACUAUUAUGUAGUUUCCUAACAGUCGCAAUUACACACACUGAAGGGAUUGAUGAAAGAUCUGAACCAUUAUACAAUUCAAUUAUUAGAAUAAGAAAAGAAUUCGAAGCUGUUCUUGGAAAAUGUAGUAAAAAAACGAAAUCUCCUGAAAGAUUCUUAGCUACAAACUAUAUGUAUCUAUACAAUGUUUUACAACAACAGCGACUAAAAUUGGAAGGUAGUGAUAACACCAAUUUACCAAUUUUAAUAGAGGAAACAGAAAACCAUUACGCUCAAUUAGUUCAUUCAUUUAAUACAAUGAAAUAA